GUGCCGGACAACUUGUCAAGCGCCAGCAAGGGGCUCGUGUUGUUGUUCGUUGGGGCGGGGUGGAAUGACCACGGCCGGGACGACCGGCGCUACACCAUCCCCGAUACGACCGACGUCUACAUCCACGUCGCUGCCCCGCUGCUGGUGGAUCUGGGCAUGAUGGGAGUGAUGGUGCACCAGCAGCCUAUGAUGCCCAUCACCUUCCACGUCGCCCCGCCUGGCGUCACCCGCAGCAUGAGUGAAGAGCUUCAGGAGGAGAUCACAGCCUUCACCAUGGGCAUGGCACUGUAUGACCCCAGCACGCCCGAGUGGCCCAUCUUCAUGCCCAUGGCCAAGUCCAUAGUCCGCGCCAUGGAUGCCGUGCAGCUUGCUGCAAGACAGAUGCUUCCACAUGUGCCCGUGGAGGCCUUCGUGAGUGUCGGAGUGAGCAAGCGUGCGCACAUGGCGUGGCUCUCUGCAGCUCUUGAUAAGCGAGUGGUGGCCUUCAUAGCGUACGGCUAUGAUCUCAUCAACCUCCAGCCCAACCUGCAGCAUCUGCUCGACUCGGUGGGCGCCGUGCCCAUCCUGGGGCGCUUCUAUGUGGACUACAACCUCACGCACUUCCUGCACUCGCCCCUGCUGCCCCCCCUUCUGAGCUACACGGACCCGUACUUCUUCAGGGAGCGCCUGACCAUGCCCAAGCUGCUCAUCUCCGCCUCCAAUGACGAAUUCUUCUUCAUGGAUGACUCGUACUUCUAUUUCAACGACCUGCCACCGCCCACGCUGUUCAAGAUCGUGGCCAACCUGGACCACAUGGUCAUUCAGAAGUCCUACUGGGUCUACGAUGCGACCGGCUCCUUCCUCACCUCUCUCCUGCACGUCAACUCCUCCUGCGCCUCUCGCCCCGCCUCCUCCCGCCCCUCCCUCACCUGGACGAGCCCCACCAACCCCACCCCCUCCUCCCUCACUCCCCACACCACCUCCAUCUCGUCAGACUCCCCUUCCCCUCAAACCCCCCACAACCCUCACAGCUCUCAGCCUUCCAGUCUCCCAGACGCAGAGGCAGCAGCAGCAGUGGCAGCAGUGGCAGCAGUGCAGUCCCCCCCUUGGGGCUGUGUACCAGAGAUGCCAGCUGUCGACUGGCCUCAGCUGAGGUGGCGGUUUGAUUGGUCCACGUUCACCAUCCAUGCCACGUCAGACAGGAAGCCGUUGGCGGACUGGGCGCACGAGGCCGGGCAGCAAGCGGCGGGACUUCCGGCUCAUCGUGAAGCAAGGGCUCGCCGGGUGGUGAGUGCCAUGCAGGGGAAGGGAGGUGGCUGGGUGGUGAGUGCAGGGGAAGGUGGUAGGGUGGUGAGUGCAGGGGAAGGUGGUAGGGUGGCGAGUGCAGGGAGGGGAGGUGGUAGGGUGGUGAGUGCAGGGAGGGGAGGUGGUAGGGUGGUGAGUGCAGGGAGGGGAGGUGGUAGGGUGGUGAGUGCAGGGCCCUCAUUCAUGGUGCCCUUCAAGAGCUCGGAUGUCUACAUUGCCAAGUUCGGCACCCUCUGUGUGCAGCCCAUCCCGUUCCUCCUGCACGCCGUCUCGCCGCCCGCACUGCAGCCUGACGGGCUCUGGCACUUCAGCUCGUCGGUCAAAGACAUUCCCAAGGUGCGUGUGUGGGAUGAAGCGUGGUUGAACUGA